AUGUACUCCCUUCUACCUUCGCAACAUUUACCAACUUGGGAUCACUAUCAUCUGCUUGUCGAGGGCUUGAGCUUGCCUGACGUAUAUCUCGAAUAUCAUCUUUUUGAUUGCUACUCAAAACUAGUUAUCGGUCCGAUUGGAAUCACUCAGGCGGCAAGCGGCAUAUUUGCCUCUUAUUUCUGGGCGAAAAGCUUAGAAACGAACAUACAACGUAGCACCAAGACGUUAAUGUACCCUUUCGACUCAAUGCUCGUUCCGUACUAUCUACCCCCUGCCUACCGUGGCGGUGUUAGACGCCUUGCUGAGAAUGUUCUUUUUAUGGGAUUGCCAAGAUUCAAGGCAGAAGAGCAAAAGUGCAAGCGUUGCAAGAAGAAGCUACCAUCUUCGAAUCGGCUAGUUGUUGCAUUUGAAGACAGAAACAGCGGCUUGUGCAUGACUGUCCGGCCUAUAACACCAAAGCCAGCAAAGGACAAGAGAAAGAUUGACGAUUAG